AUCUACUGACUUGUCUCCUCCUUGCAGGCAUCAAAGAUCGGCGCCACUGGGGACACAGAAGCCUGGUGUGACAAGAGAAUGUGAGAUUUGGUGCCGUGCCAGAGAAGCAAGUCACUGAGUGUGGAGAACUGUAGCCAUGGAAACCCUAAAAUCUGAGACCAAGAAGAGGGUCCUCCCCGCAUGGAUGACAGCCCCUGUGAAUGAGAGAAAGGUGGUGUCAGUGAAGGCACCCAAGAGGAGGAGGAAGAUGGCGACUGUGCGUGUUGGGGCAGCGAUAAGAGCCGCCCCCACGAACACUGUGUACUGCAUGAAUGAAGCUGAGAUGGUAGAUGUGGCCCUGGGGAUCCUGAUUGAGGUAACACGCCUGUGUCUUCUGACCCCUGCAGCUGGCGAUUAUUUAUGGGUAGAAGCCAGCACAGGAAGCCCUCUGCAGGGUCGAAAACAGGAAAAGCCCAGGGAACAGCCGUCUCUGGUGGCCACUGAUAAGCUGCAGCUCUCCCCUCCCUGCUCCACGUCCCCUCACACCAGUUCCCAUGGGAGCAGCAGUGAGGAAGAGGACAGUGGGGACAGCUCGCCUGCCCUAGGCCUCAGCCCUCCCCAGGAGCCAGAAGCUUCCAACCCUCCCCAUAGCAGAAGUCCAAAGGAGGAAAAAGAGGAAGACGAUGCCUUAAAGUAUGUCAGGGAGAUAUUUUUCAGUUAGUCUGAGCUGUUCACUGUUUCUGCAGAGAACUGCCCCCGCCACCCACAAAAACCAGGCUUUGCCCUCAACUUCCAGGCCCAGGAGGCUUUCACAGUUCUUGGGGGGCUUUUCUGACCGGGGUGGGGAGGCAUUGCAGGAUGCAGGACUGUAUCCAUUAGAGUCUUAUCCUGCCCUGCCCUCUGGAAUCCCAGCCCUGUGUUUUAUUCAGGUACCAGUAAAAAUGAGGUCUUGG